ACAGUUGUAGCUCCAAGCUGUAGCUCUACGCUGUAGUUUCGAGCUAUAGCGUUGUGCACAGGUACGAGCAUGUCGAUCAGCACUGCUGGAUUGGCGUUUGUGGCAGUCAUUCUCGUGCUGCUGGCGAGACAAUCUGUAGAGACAUCCGGCUUUGCGGUGCAAGCUCGAGCCAACGAACAUUCACUACAGCAACUGACAGUUGAGAACCAGUCUUGGACUGAUGGAGAGUUCUCGUCAUCAGAGAGCUCUACAGUUAGUCCUGAUGAUCAUCAUCAGUCAUGGUUUGCUCACGGUAUCGGCUAUCAUAGUAAUAAUCAUCACUCAUGCUAUGUGACGGCUGCCAUUGUAAUUGGGUGUGCGGUAGCACUCAUUGUUGUCAGUUUGUUUGUAUACAAGAAGGUGAAGAAAUGGAGAUGUAGGACUUCACAAGCCAGACAUGGAGCUAGAGCUCUCCGCUGCUGUAGUAAUUCUCCGUACAGCUACGCACGAGCGAAUAUGAGUGAUUCUGAUGGCGCUGAUAAUAGUCAUGAUUCCAGCUCUGCAGAGCGUCGUCGUGCACCAAGCAAACAACAGAUAGUAUCGAACUUGGAGAAUUACAGAGCUUUGAGUUUUGCUGUUAAUGAGAAGCAUGAGAAAUGUGAAGAUAGGAUAGAGAGCUGGACUUUUGCGUCUCUGAUGUACUCACUCGAACCUCAUGGAUGUGAUGGUCCGUUCUUCCUUCAAGUUCCGCUGAUGGUCAAUCUUGUGAGAGACAGUGAGGGCAAGCUGUUGACCAAGUUGAGUGUAUGGCACAGUGCAUCGUCUGAAGGUGCAGCUUGCUCAUGGCAUUACAUGACAGAUGUGCAAGUGCAGAUUGGAGAAGAUGAUAAAUUUGUAGAUAUAGAGUUGCCUCAUCUCUGUUUGAUAUGUGUUGUGGCGGAGGGAAGGGUAACAGUAAACCUAAUUGUGCUGCCUUUCUUCACAGUUCAACAGGAUUGCAAUUUGAUUGUGUUGAAUCUCUUUUUUGAAAGAAUGCCUGAGACAGAGCAGGAGUUUGACAGGCUUAUUGAGCGUCACAGGUUGGUAGUGGAAAAGGAUGCUGUUCUUGCUCGUCCUCUUUGGUCCCUGACUGUACAGUCACUUGUGCAAGUGAAGUGCACUGUUCCUGACCAUCUAGGUCAUUGUACAAUUUUAAGCAAAGGAAGCAUGUCUCUUUGUGAAACUCUCACUGAUAAACAAUUGAUGGGAUUGAUUUAUGGUGGUUGUGAGCCCAAGCCAAGGGUUUGUGGUCCUCAAGUUCAAUUUGUCUUUGAACUUGCUGAACCAGUUGGGCGAGGACGUCCACUUUGUUUGCGUUUGACCUAUUGUGACUGUGAGAACAUGAUGAUUGGCAACCACAUCAUUGUGUUUAAUACACAGGUUCAAUUUCCUACCAGUGGGGAAAUGCCUUUAUGUGCGUCUUGUGGUGUGUCUCCAUCUCUUGUCAAACCUACAGGAUUACCAGUUUCCUCAGCCUCAGCCAUCUGCAAGUCUCAUGUGCACGUUGCUCAAAGGGGAACUCACCUGUGUUGUGCAUUAGCUGCAAUAGACAUACCUGAUAUCAUAACUGGAAUUGGUGUUUGGGAAAGGCUUGCACAAAACUGGCACUUGACAAGUCUUGACAUCUUUAAGAUUCGGCGACGUGCAAGGACUCUCUUGCUCAAUGAGGAAGAAGUAUUUUUCAUAGUCCUCAUCACUCAAUUUCCUGAUGUAACCAUUGAAGAACUGGUAGCUGUAGCAUACAGCGUACAAUUAGAAGGUAUUGCUGAGCAUAUCAAACGAAAUGCAAUACAGGAAGGACAAUUUGAUGUUGACUUAUGCAAUCAACUGCAAAGUGAAGCAAAGUGUGUAAGGAAAGAAGGACUGUCUAGUGGUACUUGCUGUCGAAGGGCAUUCAGAGUUGAUGCAUCAUGUUCAGCAGAUAGAUGUUAUGGGUCUACAGUUGGUCCACUGCCUCCUACAGUCUCAGAUGAGAUUGAAAGGCCAUCUGAUUUUCGUCCACAAGCUGUGGAUCACAGGCUGUCACAAUGCAUUGACCUACCAACCACCAAUGUUAUUUCACAUUUACAUGGCAAUGAUGUCUCUCUUGGCAGUGUGCAGGAGCCAAAGGCUGGAAAAAGAAAAACACGUGAGCAUCCUUCAGGAAGUCCACCAGCACAGAAAACAGACCAAGGUAGCAAGGGCAUUGUCGUUCCCCUGAAACCAACUAGAAGACCCAGGCUACCUGAUCCAAACAGAAGCCACCUUUCUCAAUCACGUUUGGGAGACAGAGAACCACAAACUACAAGGCAUCCUACUUCAAAGGCAUACUUGGAAACACAACCUUCUCUGACGGCAGGCAUCAGUCUAUCUCAUGGGGGCCCAUUGUUCAUAACUCCAUGCACAAGUGUAGAUGAACAAGGUGGCAUUGAAAUGACACCUCUACAUCAUGGAGAAGCUGGAGAUCAAGCAACUGAUGGUCAAAUGCUUUGUGCUGACGCAUUUGGUAAUGUGGGCCAUUGCUCUACUAGCCGAAUUGACACCGAUCACCAGUCAGAGGGCAACGAUUGUCAACAGCCAUCGUUCUCUGAUGAAAAGGGAAGCAAUAGAAUCACUUGGGUGAAUCUAGUGCAUCCAAGGCUUUCACCAGGACCACCAACCAUUGGAGGAGUUCACGUGCAAGACGACAACAGUGAUAGUGAUGGAAAUAGGGAAAGUUUGGAGGAACACCAAAUACAACAACCACUACUUGACAGUCCACUUGUUAGAAACAAUCCGAAUCGGAUGUGUGGAAAUGAGGGAGAAUUAAAUGUGCUGAAUGAUGCCACUGUUGUUAAUCCGUGCUUGAGUGUGGUUGUUUCCUCAUUGACUACUGACACUGACGAGGAGGACCUCUUGUCAUUCAACUGGAAUUCUAAUGACUGUGGACCACCAUGACAAGCAUAUGACUGUGGGCCACUCACGAGCACUAUGUGCUACGAUAGUAGAUCGUAUGGAUCGUGUGACGAUAACACACGUAGUAUCAGUGUUGAACCUCAAGAUACUCUUGGACUUGUGUAUGUGCUUAUGUGCAAUGUUUUGAUUGUAGACUGUUGUCUUGACAUCAAUUGUAUUUACUAUGUGAAUACAUCUGUAUUAACCUCGAUUACUUAUAUUGUCAUUUGAUG